AUGGGAGAUUUCAGACGAUGUUUCGAGCUGACCUUGAUCAAUGGUUUCCCUCCUGGUACUCCUUUAGCUGAGGGGAAACACUGCAUACAAUAUAAAACCACCGACACUUGCACUCAUCUUUGGUCGAUUUGCCCCGACAAAUGUUUUACGGUUAAAGUUCACAGGUGCCCCGUAUUGAUUUAUCCAAACAACGGAAAGGUGAACUGUCUUCAGGGGAGGAAGUUCGGAGACACAUGCAAGUAUUCCUGUGACAAAGGCUAUAAUCUGGUUGGAUCAAGACAAACUACUUGCGAGAUAAACGGAUGGUCGACACCGCCUCCGACCUGUAAAGUAAAAUCUUGCAGUGCUUUGAUUCCUCCAAAGAAUGCAGGCAAAUUUGAGUGUGACAAUGAAUGGUUUUAUGGAAGUGUAUGCCAGUUGAAAUGUGACCGAGACAGAGGAUACGCUGCAACAAAAGCAAGAUACGCUAAAUGCGGUGAACAAGGCUGGUCCACAACUGAUUUCGAAUGCGCAGAUGUGGAACCCCCGGUUUUCAACAAUUGUCCAUCACAGAAGAUACACCAGACAUCGGACCCGGCUAGUAACCUCACAAAGGUGAUAUGGCCGACAAUAACGGUAUCAGACAACUCUGGUCAACAGGUGACCAUGACACCAACGUUUGCUCACACUGUGACAAGCAUCGGCGGCAGCUUCCCAGUUGGAACACAUAUAGUGCGGUUUGAUGCCAAGGAUGCAGCUGGCAACAAGGCAACGCAGUGCAUCUUCGUUGUUAAAAUUGAACGUAUGUUAAACAUGAUACAUAGAAUGUACACAAACAGUUGA